UCUCUCUCUCUCACACUGCAGUACACAGUGCUGUUAAUGCUGUGUGGCUGUCUGUGGAACAGAAGCCACUGCAGCAUGGUGCACUAGCGUCACACCGGACCAACCUGCCACUGUGUGUGUGUGUGUGUGUGUGUGUGUGUGUGUGUGUGUGUGUGUGUGUGUGUGUGUGUGUGUGUGUGUGUGUGUGUGUGAUUACCAACAUUGGAUUUAAACUCUGUGAUUUUUUCCAACCCAACAUUCUUAUCCGUCAGUGUGUGUGUUCCGCUGAAGGCUUGUAUUUUUAGAUUCUCUCAGCUAAACCAUCUCUCUCUCUCUCUCUCUCUCUCUCUCUCUCUCUCUCUCUCUCUCUCUCUCUCUCUCUCUCUCUCUCUCUCUCUCUCAACCGCCUCCUACCUCAACCCACCCCACCCCAUCCCACACACACACACACAUACAAAUGCACACACACAUGCACGCACUGAUGGCUCCUCCCAUCCUGCCCCUUCCUUCUCAGCUCGACAUUGGGACAGUGUAGUGAGCAGACGCAGCGCAGGACCUGGAGCAUCUUCAUAUAUAUAUAUAUACACACACACACACACACACACACACACACACACACACACACACACACACACAGACACUAUGCCAUUUUUUCUCAAUCUCUUCUGUUGGAGCCUCUUCACCAUGUGAAUGUACCAGAGAUAUUCGUUGUUCGGACACAGCAGGAUACAGCAGUUCUGUGUGUUUCCUUUUUGGAACGUUCCGGCGUGUCCAAGUGCUUUUGGAGAGACAUCCUGACGUGUGGAUACUGCAGCACUCUGCUGUGGAGUUGAACCUGGAUGGCAUGAGGACCCAGAGGAGCUCCAGACACUGAGCUCCCCAUCAUUGCUGCUAUUGCUGCUGCUGAUACUGCCAAGGAUGCUCAUGCCUCGUGAGGGCGGGCGGGAUGAGGCUCAGAAGCUGCACAGAAAAUGGAUGAAACACCAGGCCUUCAUGGCCGAACUGGCUCGCAACAAAGAAUGGCUGGCGAAAAUUGAACAGGAGGGCAAGGAGCUGAUUGAGGAGCAGCCUGAGCUUGGGCCCAUGGUGGACCAGAAGCUGAAGGAGAUGAGGGAAUGCUGGACACAUCUGGAGAGCACCACCAAGGCAAAAGCUCGCCAGCUGUUUGAGACCCAGAACCACAGAACCACAGAUGUUCCAUCGCACAGCCUCUCGGAUCUGGACCAGCACCUCAGCGUGCUGCAGGACGAACCACCACCUUCGUCACACUCCUCACACUCCUCACACACAUCAUACUCCACACACACCAGCCCCUCGGCCAGCGCCGCCGUCCUGAGCCCUCGGACCACAUUUAGCCAGCAGCUGCAAAGGAUACAGUCAAUGGAGGCUCAGAUGCAGCUCUAUCCUGGUCUGAUGCAGCUCAAGUCCAACAGCGGACAAAGCGAAGCAGACGGAGCCGACGCAAUGCACCGAGCGCCAACCGGCUUCGAAGUCCAGCGCUCGGGGGACGUGGCCGAAACACGAAUCGUGCGUCUAAUAGAACCGCUGAAAGAAAGGAGGCGGAUCCUUCUGGCCUCCAAAGAAAUGCACCAAGUCACACAGGACCUGGAAGACGAGAUCUUGUGGAUUCAGGAGCGAUUACCGUUGGCCUCGUCUACCGAAUACGGCACCAACAUGCAGAGCGUUCAGCAGCUGGUUAAAAGCCAUGAGGUGCUGCAGAUGGAGAUGCAGGCCAGAAAGGGGCGCGUCGAGGAGGUGCUGGAGAGAGCCGAGGCGGUCGCCGCCCUUCGCACGCCUGAGGUGGAGAUCAUCAGAGAGGGAGCGAUGCACGUGAGGCAGCUGUGGGAGGUGCUGCAGGUGGAGGGAGAGCGGCGUACCAUGAUGCUGGAUGCAGUGAGCCACGCCCAACAAUACUACACAGAGGCGGCGAAGGCGGAGUCGUGGCUCAGCGGGCAAAAGCUGCAUGUGCUCAAUGAGGAAAAUGGCAACGAUGAAGCCAGCACACUAAGGCUGCUGAAAGAGCAGUUGGCUUUAGAGCAGAAGGUGGAGAAUUACGCCGAGACGGUGGGCUUCCUGUCUCAGCAGUGCCGCCGCAUGCUGGAACUGGGACACCCUGACAGCGAACAGAUCACUAAGCAGCAGGCUCACAUCGACCGGCUCUACGUCUCCCUGAAGGACCUUGUGGAGCAGAAGAAGACCAAGCUGGAGCAGCAGUACUGGCUCUACCAGCUGAAGAAGGAGGUGGAGGCUCUAGAGAAGUGGAUCUCCGAGAGAGAGGCUGUCGCAAGCUCCACUGAGCUCGGCCAGGACCUGGAGCAUGUCACGAUACUACAGGAGAAGUUCACAGAAUUUCGGGCUGAAACGAGCACCGUGGGUCAGAGGCAGAUGGACUCUGUAAACAAGAUGGUGAACGAGAUGAUCGACUGCGGCCAUGCAGAUGCUGCCACCAUCGCGGAGUGGAAGGACGGCCUGAACGAGUCAUGGGCCGACCUUCAGGAGCUGAUGGAGACCAGAGCACAGAUGCUCGCCGCCUCACACCAGCUCCACAAGUUCUUUACCAACUGCCAGGAGGUGCUAUUGCAGAUCGAGGGGAAGAUGAGACAGUUACCAGAGGUGCGUUCGUGUCAGGUGAGCACCGCCAACCCUGGCACACUACAGAGACUGCUGCACUCCUUUGAACACUCUCUGCAGCUGCUGGUCUCACAGGUGCGUCAGCUGCAAGAGAACGCGUCUCAACUCCGUGCCAUCUACGCCGGAGAGAAGGCCGACACCAUCUUGAUCCGUGAGCAGGAAGUGAUGCGCGCGUGGAAGGAGCUCCUCGUGGCCUGCGAGGGCAGCCGUGUACAGGUUACCACGGUGACAGACAAAAUCCAGUUUUUUGCCAUGGUGCGUGAACUCAGCAUGUGGACAGACGGGAUCAUGGGACAAAUCGGCCCGGUCGAGGACGCGCGGGACUUGACCACUCUGGAGUGCAUGAUCUCUCAGCACCAAAAUCUGAAGAGCAAAAUGGAGAACAAAAGCAAGAGCUUCAUGCAUUGUGUGGAGAUGGGCAAGAUGUUGCUUGCGGCACACAAUCCUGCAGCCGAGGAGGUAAAGGAGAAGUUGGAGUAUGUGAUGGCGAAGCAGAAAGAUCUGAAUGAUAAGUGGGAGCAGCACUGGGAGAAACUCAAGCGCAUACAGCAGCGGUUACACGCCGCACAAGCGAGCAAGGCUGAAGGGACGUGGCACGCAACGAAGGAGUCGCUGAGCAGCGGCGGUGAGGCAGAGGGCGGGGCUGACGAGGUGGAGCAGCUGAUUCGUCGACACGAAGCGUUCCGUAAGGCGGCAUGUACAUGGAAGGAGCACUUCAUCUCUUUACGACAGGCAGAGAAACUGAAAGAAGAGCAAAGCAAGCAGUCCACUUCUUCGUCUCUCCUCAACAGACAGAUGUUUCCAUUGUCCUGCCUCGUGCCCAGCUCGUCCUCGUCCUCCUCUUCAUCGUCUCUUUUCCGGAGCCCCCUGCAGGACAUGAUCCUUGAGUCCAAAUCUGGUCCGGACCUUGCACAUACUCAACAAAUGUCCCAGAGGCUUGGAUCUGCACUGAAUCCCUAUGCGCCUGUCAUGAAUGGCUCCCCCUACCACAGGCUCAACCAACAAGUCGGGGCAUUAGGAACAAACAGCUCCAGUCAAACCGGGUUAAACCAACAGGGUAUUUUUGGGCUGGACAGCUCGAGUUACACUGGCCUAAACCAAGUUGGCAUGUUAGGGUCAGACAGCUCCAGCUACACAGGAUUAAAUCAACAGUGUGUCUUAGGAGCCAAUGGCCUAAACCCCCUCAGUGCUAUGGGGGUGACUGAACCCAGAACCACAUUCGCCUGGCAGCAGCUCAAAGCUGACUUGCAGCCCAGGAUCAACCACAUGCACAAAGCUGUAGGUCCAUUGCUGGAGGCCCAGGCUGGGCACCUGGUCCCAGUGGGUGUACCAAUGAGCACUGAGGCAUCACUUGAGCUGCUCCAUGGACGGCUGCAGAGGGACCCCCGUGGCAGCCGCUCAGACCCGCAGAUGGACCACAUGCGCAGGGAGAGGGAGUACAGGCUUGGGCGUCACACCUCCAGUGAGCAAGAGAUCCAGGCACGGCUCAACGAGUUGCCCAUGAUUGUGCGCCAGGAGAGGCACCAAAGGCGCAGACUAGAGCGCCAGUCAUCCAGCGAGCAUGAGGGCAGCGGCAGGCACAGACUUCAGAAACAGGACUCCAGUGAUCAUGAGUCGGGAAAAGAAGGGUCAGACAAGAGGCAGACAGGGGAAAAACGCUCCACUAUGGCUGAGAUUGUUGAACAGGUGCAGGAGAGAGAAGCAUGCCAAGCGAGGGGAGAGGCGUAUCGUCCCCCCAGCAGUCUCUCCGCUCCUGGUUCCCGUCUUGACCGACCUCGAGCUCGCGAUCGACCAAAACCGCGCAGACGUCCGCGUCCUAAAGAACCCGAGGAGACGAGGCGGUCACGAUCAGCGCCGGCUCAGAGUGCACCGAGCACACCACAGCCACCCACACAUACCGUUCACCAGGAGGGCUUCCUGUACCGCAAACACGAAGAGGAAGGCAAGGAGAAGAGCCCUAACAGCAAGUCGUGGGUGAACCUGUACUGUGUACUCAACAAAGGGGAGAUCGGCUUCUACAAGGACGCCAGGAACACGACGACCCCGUACAACGACGAGCCACUCCUCAACCUAGCCAUCUGUACCUUCGACACUACCAACGGCUACAAAAACAAGAAGAAUGUCUUCAUCCUUAGGAGUGAAACCGACGGAGACUAUAUCUUCCUGGCCAAAGACGAGGAGGAUCUGAAGCGUUGGGUGAACAGCAUAAACGCCAGCCUGAGCGAGAUCGAGGAGAUCGCCAAGUGGGAGAAACCCACCACCUCCUCCACCGACCCUGACAAAUCAGAGCGUAAGGAGCGCUCCGAGGGGGCGGAGCCAUCAGAGAAGUCGGAACGCUCGGAUCGAUCGGACAAGCGAGAAGGGGAGAAAAGCUCCGAGAGCUCGGAAAAGAGGGACACUUUGGAGAGAAUGAGGAUGGAACGAAGAGGGAGGGAUAGGGGAGAGAAGGAUAGGGGAGAGAAGGAUAGGGGAGAGAAGGAUAGGGGAGAGAAGGAAAGGGUAGAGAGAGGAGGGAAAGAAGAGAGAGGAGAGAAAGGAGACAGAGACAAAGAGAGGAAGAGAGAGAGGGAGAGGGAGAGAGAUAGAGGAGAUCGGAGUUCCAGGGGUUCGAGUACCUCGGGGAAAAGUAAAUGAUACCCUCAGCUUAUCCAUCCAUCCAUCCAUCCAUCCAUCCAUCCAUCCAUCCAUCUAUCCUUCCAUAGAUCCACCAAGAAUGGAGGAGAGGAGAAGAACAAGUGCUUUUACUUCUCCGGUACCCCGAUGACACUCUGGUGGGGGUUUUCCCGUCAAAACAGUGUCCAAAGAGAGCGUCUGCAUAAGCGUAGGAAUUAAUCUUGUCCUAAAAUUAGUAAACAAAUACAAAUAUAAAAAAAGUCCCCUAGAUAACUGAAAGCAAUAUGAUGUAUGCUGUAGGUGAUUUAAUAUCUGAUUCAUAUUCACCCCCCCCGUGUGUGUGGGUGUGUUGGUGUGUAAACGGAGAGUGAGACGUGUGUGUAUGCCUCUGGGAAAUGUGAAGGCACUCAGGACUAGAAAAGACCUGAAACUGGAAACACUCACCUGUGGAACCACACACACUUUAUACCCUCCACUGACUAUUUACCCCGCUUCAGCUGUGGUACUAAACUCAUACUGAAGAAACAUUCAUUCAACUUUUGGAGGUAAAAUCCCUGAAGUAUAAACGUUUCCUGAACAUAUCGAACAUGUCCGAUCGUUCAGGAUAUGUUCAGUGUCUGCAGUUUGCUUCUUUGGCUUUUCUAUCAGACCUGCGAUGCUGACAAAAAUAAAAACACAUAACCAAAGCUUUUAGGCAACGGUUUCGAAAUAAAUCACCAGCAAAUCAUCGAAAUCAGCGGUGUUCGCAAAUCACAGUCUACCGUAAGCAAAGUUCCCAAACGACCAAAUGUCUAAAGCAAGUCAGCACAUAAAGAUAUAAUACUAUGAAUAAUAAUCUGUCUGACUCAUAAACAGUCAGAAUAUUAUGUACAGUACAGAAGUACGGCGUACAAUCGGUCCGUACUGGAUCACGUGCUGUUUUAUACGCUGCUGAACUCGAGUGUUAUAAUAAAGAAGCAAACGUCACACACUGAACCUGUCUAAAGCAUUAAAGGUGAUGAUUGUUGUGUCGGUGAUGAAGCGAAAGUUUAUUUGGAAAUGUUUAUGUGCAAGGGGGGCACGGUGGUUUAGUGGUUAGCACGUUCGCCUCACACCUCCAGGGUCGGGGGUUCGAUUCCCGCCUCCGCCUUGUGUGUGUGGAGUUUGCAUGUUCUCCCCGUGCCUCGGGGGUUUCCUCCGGGUACUCCGGUUUCCUCCCCCGGUCCAAAGACAUGCAUGGUAGGUUGAUUGGCAUCUCUGGAAAAUUGUCCGUAGUGUGUGAGUGUGUGAGUGAAUGAGAGUGUGUGUGUGUGCCCUGUGAUGGGUUGGCACUCCGUCCAGGGUGUAUCCUGCCUCGAUGCCCGAUGACGCCUGAGAUAGGCACAGGCUCCCCGUGACCUGAGAAGUUCGGAUAAGCGGUAGAAGAUGAAUGAAUGAAUGAAUGAAUGUUUAUGUGCAAACCAGCAGGAAGCAAAAUCCUGAAUCAUCACCUCACUUCACUUAUUAUUCCGUUAACCUGCAUCACUUCACCUCCCAGAGCUGCAGCGCGAGCGCGUGUGAAAAGAAUUCGUCCGUAUAUUCGUCCGUAAGCUUUCGCAACGUGUGAAAUCGAAUUGUUAGGAUUUUACUCGACAGAUUUUACUCGACGUGAGAGCUCGGUCCUGACGUCGUCUCUAGCCGACUCCGUCCUUCCGAUCGUAAAACGAUCGGCGGACGAUUAGCUCGGACGGAAGGUACGACGUCUGUGAAGUUGUUACGCGAUAAAAGACCUUGUAUAUAUCUAUACAUAUCUAUAAAUAUAUUUGUAUGUAUAUAAUAGUAAACACGACUUCUACAAGCUACACCGAAUUAAGCCAAACUUUCAUUACUUUUUAUUAAUCAGCGGAAAUAUAACGAGCUAAACAAAGUAUUAUUCGCCUAAAGUGGUUAUUACUUUAUGACGGAGUGCUAAAUAGCCUUUGUAGACCCAAGGCAUACACACAUACACACACACACACACACACACAGGAACAUGUCGGUCACUCGAGUCACAGUCUCAGACCAGCCACCUCGGUAAGGCAGAAGAUUCCCACCACACAGUAGCAGCAUCACAGAGUGUGUUUUCGACGUCUACGCAAAGUGUCCACGCGCCGAACGUUCGCACGUCGCUCUCUGCGUUCGGAGGUCAAGCUCGGCCGUUUUUUUCUAACGCUCGCCUCCUCGUCACACUUAACUUUUUUUUUGGUCUUCCAGUUUUUCAUUGUGGUAAAAUUUUGUACUUUUAAAAGUGAGUAUCUUGAUCCGAAUGUCGAUCGAACCGUCCGGACGACGACAACGACGACGACAAAGUCCUCCCGGAUCUUCACCUUCGCUUACUGACAGACGUGUCGUUGUGCUUUAACUGUCUUUUUUUUUAUUUAGUCACGUGCCAUAAAAUGUUCACAUUUUUCUAUUUAAUAAUCCCGACCGUUCCCGUACAGUGCUGCUGCGUCUGACUCGCGUCUGGGAUUUUAUUUAUCUAAAUAAAUGCACAAACAUGCACAAGUAUCUGUUUUCUCACCGUUUUAGGGUUGCCAAAUUUAGUGUAGGGUUUUUACUGCAUCGGCGACGUCCUCACUGAAAUCCUAGCUAUUUUGUCACACAGAAUGGAGUCUGCCACAUUUAUCGUUAGCCGAAUGUCAAACUCCUGACUCUACGUUCACGCUAGCGGACAGCAAAGUGUCGAGCGACUGAGGUUUUCUCAAUUUUCAUGCUAAUCCAGAACGACGCUGUAAAGCGACACGUGCAGACGAUUGACCCGAACGAAUCGAUCUAUGGAGCAUGGAGCAUGAGGACUGACAUUUCUUCAGUUCCCUUUUCCUGUUAGAUUUCUCAUCAGGUCAUUAAAUGUGUAUAGAGACAUUCUGAAUUAAAAUAAAGAAACAAACUCCAGGCUAAUGCUUGUGCGAAUGCAGGGUACGAUGAGAUUAACACUCUGUUUUCUCAAACAGACCUGAUCUGGGGUCAGUCUUCCUUUACUGCAUAAUGCUAUCUCUGAGAUGAGCUUGUGUGUGUGUGUGUGUGUGUGGUGUGUGUGUGGUGUGUGUGUGUGUGAAAGAGAGAGAGAUGUAUGUGGCACUGAUGCACUGAUGGAGAAUCAGUAUGUCACAGAUCUAGGCUCUGGAGAACAGCCCUGUUUCUCCUGCAGAGAGAUAGAACAUACAAGAGACACUAUGGAAGAAGAGAGAGAGAGAGACGGAGACAGAGACAGAGAGAGAGACAGAACACGAUCUCAAAUCCUGGCAAGGAGAGCAGAGUGAAAUGUAGGCCACCUGCUUUACCCAUCACAGCACAUUCAUAAGGUUCCAUGUGUACCUAGUUUGCUUCUCUCCUAGUGCCCCUGAGCGAGGCUUUAACUUUAAGAACACUCCGAGAGCACGAACGUAAAGAAUGUAUCAACCCUAACGGCAAGUUUUUCACCGGUCGUGAGUUUCACAGUUACGGCAACAAAAAG